GCAGAGGCAGCGACAACAAAGUUCCUGCUGUUUAUGCAAACGCCGACAGCCAGCAUAAAGGGACACCAAACAGAAAGAGUGUGAGAGAGAGAGUGAGAGACGUCGGCGACGUCGUCGUUGAGACGUUGAUUUACGGCCUGCCCGAGGAACCAGCAGCAGAGCAACAGAGCAACAGAUACAGAGGCACAGUCGACAGUCAGAGCGACAGCCACAGCCACCGCCAAAUCAACAGCGACAGAGACAGCAGCAGGAUGCGUGGCCGUCACUUGCGUCGACGCUUCAGCCUGCAGCCGUCCUUCAUGAAGGAUGACAACAACGAGGAUAAGCCGAAGCGUGACAAAGUGGGCAGAACCAAUGCGGUGGACGAUGCCAUCGGACCGGCCAAUGCCCGCCACAAGAUCGUCGUCAUGGGCAGCGCCAAGGUGGGCAAAACGUCGAUAAUCACACAGUUUCUAUACAACACAUUCAGCCCAAAGUACAAGCGGACCAUCGAGGAGAUGCAUCAGGGAAACUUCUCCAUUGCCGGCGUUAGCCUCACCCUGGACAUUCUCGACACGGCUGGCUCCUACGAGUUCCCGGCGAUGCGCGCUCUCUCGAUAUCCUCGGCGGACGCCUUCAUCCUGGUGUACGACGUCACCGACAGCAGCACUUUCGAGGAGGUGCGCGGAAUACGCGACCAGAUCCAUGAGACGAAGGCCACCACAGCGGUGCCCAUUGUGGUUGUGGGCAACAAGAUUGAUCUGCUUGCCGACCCCGAGACAGAGCGUGAAGUGGAGUACGCCACCACAGAGUCGGUGGUGACAGUCGAUUGGGAGAACGGAUUCGUCGAGGCCUCGGCCGCCAGCAACGAGAACGUCACGCAGGUAUUCAAGGAGCUGCUGACCCAGGCCAAGAUCACCUACAACCUGAGUCCGGCACUGCGCCGUCGUCGCCAGUCGCUGCCCCAGCAGAUCGGCAACAAUGGGCCGGGCACACCGCUGCACCAUCAUGGCCACCAUGGCCAUCAUGGCCACCACCAGGGCGGUGCCGCUGGGGGGUCAGCCUCCGGAUCGGCCUCCACCUCGGCGGCAGCGGCUGCAGCCGCCGCUGGUGGCCACGGCUCGCAUGCCCCAACGCCGGCCCAGCUGCAGCACCUGCAGCGCAUCCAGGAGCGAAGCAUGGGCGCCAAGCGCAACUCCUGCACCAUCUCUUAAGCGGUGCACCAACGAGCGGCAUUGAACGAAGGCAAAGUCCAACAAAGAAUGCAAUUAUAUAUGUACCAACUGAAGCUAAACUAAACGGUCUCCUACAAACGGUUUUCAAUAUUUCUCCAAAAUAAUACACUCAAACUCAAACUCAGACUCGGACUCAGAUUCAUACUCAGACAGACAGUUGGGUUCGAUUUGGAUCAGCCACAACCUCUGAUGAUUGAACCUAAUGAUUGAACACAUACAAUACAAUACAACGUAGCCUCGACUCAAACGUACCUUGCCAUCUAUUGCUCUCUUGCUAUUAUCGCUCCAAUUACGUAGUACCUACUGCUAGUGCCAGUCACGGAUUUUGGUGGCAACUUUUGCCCCUGGUUUCCCCACUCUCAGCGCGUAAUGCAUGCAUACAAAUAUACUUACCCGUAGUCAAUGAAUGUUGUAGAGCAAAAAACAAACACUAAACGCCCAAGGUUAGUCCCAAAUGUUACACCAUGGAAUUAACUUAUUCACAAGCGGCAAACAACAAAUAGCCGAUUGUUGGCCCAUCAUGUAUGAUGGAUCGAGGAAGCAGAUCGAAAGCAGAACAACAACAAAAAUCAAAAGCAACAAAGGCAAAACUUAUCGUCUUUUUUAUAUGUGUGCGUGUGUCUGGCUCUGUGUACCUUUUAGCCGUGUGCGUGUGUGUGUCUAGUUGCAGCUUCUUCACUUUUCCACAUGAUGCUGGAGCUGCUAUAUGCUCUACCCACAUAUACAUAUACAUAUACAUAUAUAUAAACAACAUGCUAAAAAUACAACAAUACAUAUGCGUAUUAUCCGUGUGUAUAGAUUACCCAUGCAGCAAGCAGUGCUCGUGGUCGUGCUCUCACUCUAUCUCUCUCUCUCUCUCUCUCUCUCUUUCUCUCUAUUUGGGGUCCCAAUGGAGCCCCAUUCCAUGUACCUAACACAGCGAAAGCGUAUUUUUGUAGACAAUAGGUCGAUCGAUCUCUGGGUGGGUUUCUCUUGGCCAGUGUUGGCAAAUGGGAGAAGCUGCUCUGCAGAAACAGGAACAGGAACAGGAACAGUAACAGUAAGAGUACCAGAAAAGGGAACCGAAAGCAAAUGCAUAGUUAAGAUGUCUUUUGUUUGUUUUGGAAAGUGUAGGGUAACGAUGAAUGCCACUGAUCGAUUCGAUCGACAGCAUUGUGUGAGUGCGAGUAGUAAUUUGUGUUGUUGUUUACCGUUAGAGCUAGUAGCUAGUAGCUAGUAGUGUUGGCUAAUUGUGUGCGAGCCCGGCGAGCGCAUAGAUAGUGCCACAAGUAGGCGUCGAAUUGAAGGACGGAUGAAGGUUGAGGGGAGGAGAAUGGAGUAUUAGGAAAACAAAGGUUAAGAUUGAAAACGCAAUGAAAACACCAAAGACACCAAAAGCAAAUACAACUGAAUAAUGAAUAAUGAUUAAUGAAUAGAGAGAGAUCUAUCUAUAGAUAUAUAUAGAUAAAUACACACAUAUGUUUAUGGAGAUGUUAAAGGAUGUCAGAUAAUAUAUUAGGCGAAGCAAGUUAAGAAUGGUUCAGAAUGUACGAACGAGCGGACGGGCCAAAGUGAAACGAAGCUAUAAAUUCCAUACAUUUAUACAUACAUACAUCAAAUACCAACACCAUCACACACUUACAUACAUUUAUCAUAUUUCUAGCGAGAGUCAAGCGACCCAAAGUAUUGGGAUAAAUACCGCAAAUACAGAGAGAGUUAUAUUUAUAUUAUGAGAGAAUAGAACAAAUUCCUAAAUGUUAGUACAUACAUACUAAACCCAUACAAAGAAACAAACAAAACAAAAAGCGAACCUCUACUGACAUACCUAAAAGAGUAAAACUUAAACUAAAACUUAAACUUAAACUUAAACUUAAACUUAUAUUGAUAUCGAUGUGUGUUGCUUAACGAAAUGCAAACCUUAAAGAAUUUAUGUCAUUUUUUGUAACUCUAACAAAUCGUACAAUAUCAAUGUAGAAAGAGCAUCCCAUAUGUAUGUUUCCAAAGUCCAUGGCUAUACACUUGCAAAGCCCAUCAGAAAUAUUGCGCCUGCACAUUAAAUUGAAUGAAACUUUUCCAAAGAUCUUGCUCCAUUGUCAUAUCACCCAUCCAAUAGCUACAGCAUUUGAGAUUCAAAAGUUCUUUGCAAGUGUAUAAGCCAGCAAACCGAAUCCGAAAAACCCCUUUACUUGAGUAGCGGGCAAAACGAACGAUCUAUUAUUAUUAUGGUAUCGGUUAUUACGAUCGAUUUAGUUGGGGGGGGGCAGUGCGCACCGCGGACGGUGCUGCAAGCUGGAAGGAGAUAUCGGACGCGGAUGCAGUGCGUGCGUUAAAUCUAAGUGAAAGCAAAGCCACGUAGAAUUGACUAAGAUGUUAGCAGACCCCCAAAUGGAAGCUGUGGAACAGGGGCGACAGCGAAAAGUGACCAGAGACCAGAGACCAAACGGAACGUACUUCUUGCCUUGCCGUCAAAGAGCUUAAGGUUGUGGCUGGGCAGUUGAUGGUCCCAUUAUUCACACUUUCUCCCAGCGCUAAGGCUCGGUCCUGGUCCCUAAUUUUCCUCUUAGCACACUUCGGGGACAAACUCUAUACACAAAAAAUAUGAAUUCAUACAUUCUUGAAUACUCGUAUCGAUGAUGAUGGCCUAGAACUUUCGCCUUGACUUUCUAUCGGCAUCACGAAACGAGUUUGUGCGUGGUGAGCUGUUGGAUUUGUUUGGUUCCUAGACGCGUUCCCAUUUUGACCAGAACCUGCAGCUGGAUAUCUAUAAUCUAAAUAUAUUAUACAUAUGCCAACGGCAAUACAUAUGCAUUAACUAUAUACAUACA